UUGCCAGAAAAAUUUAUGAUUAUUAAUUUCUAUGACAAUGUAUCUGAUGAUUUUUUUAAAGACAUGGUAUUUUUAUUUAAGCUUAAAAGGAAUCGUCAGCCUUUCAGCGAAUCUAAACCAGGGCUUCCAUUGUCCCGAUCCAAGUAUUACAGGAAAGAUGAAAUGUUGCGCGGAUUACAGAAAUGUUUCAGGGCGCUGUGAACCGUGUCUAGGGUCAUUUGGAUUGGACUGUAAUAGAACCUGCCAAGAUGGAUAUUAUGGACAUGGAUGUAAAACGAAAUGUGAAUGUUUGCCAACUGAAUCGUGUCACAAAGUUCAUGGUUGUUUAGCCUGUAUUCAGAUAACGGGAUCUUUUGGAGAAAACUGCAGUGAGCCCUGUCCUUUUGGAUUCUUCGGCAUUAAUUGUCUUGAAAAGUGUAACUGUAGCAGUGGUACGCAUUGGUGUGAUAAUAUUUCCGGUUGCAAGCUUAAAGAUAGUGUCGAUGUGAAUAAUCGGAAUCAGGAAAACAAGACAAAACAUUUAGCUUUCGUGGUCGUGGGAUCAAUCAUUGGAACUUCAGCAUUUUGGUUUUUUAUAUAUUUAAUGUGCAGCUGGAAACGAAGAUCGAAUAAAACGAUGAAAGUUACCAUGAAAGAGGAUGAAGAUUCUGGCAAUAGUCCAGGUGAAUCACAACGGGAAUGUAACACACCAUCAGUGGAAUCUGGAAGACAUGUACGCUCUAAAUCACUUCGACAUGAAGCUAAGAAAACAGAACCUGUAACUCGUUCAAAAUCCCAUUCACAAGACACAUAUGGACGAUUCAAUAGGCAUUCUGAAAACUACGACCACUUAGACUUUCGUGGACAUCACAAUCAGCCGUCAAUGUCUGCUUUCAGUAGCAAUUAUAGCAAGAUAAACCUGAAACCAUAAUAUCGAUAUGAAAGCACUGAAACCUUUCUGAGGAAGAGUAGCAAUAUGUCUAUAGUUAUCAACAACAAUUUACAUGAUUAGGAAGAUGAAAUUAUCGCAGAGCUAAAACUGCGGUCAUUGUAUAAACGUCGUUCGUACAGUAUAUAAAAGGAACAUCAGAAACCCGAGGAGACUGCUAUUUGCGAACCCGUAUUUAGCAACAUUGUUAAAUCCCAGGUGCAUCCUUCAUGACGAAAAUGUGUCUGACCUUGUUGAAAAUGUUGUUCAAGUGAAUGAGCUUCAGAGAAAACAUGUUCUUAUUUUACAUUCUAGUACUUAGAUAAGAUUGCUUGACUGUUACUUUUUAAGAAACCCCAUUCCUAAUACCAGAUGAUUUGAACAAUUUGAAGACAAAGAUUCUAGUGUUUGAUAGAGACGUUUGGUUGCUUUGGGGGGGGGGGUGUCAUUCAAUGAAUUUUGAUGACACUCUAGUCUCAAUCACAAUGUAUAUCCAAUAUAAAAAAUGGAAUCCAUCACACCAUUUUGUAUGUCAAAACUUUAUACUUGAUUCGAAGGUGACAAUUCAAGAAAAUCAAACGAAAGUAAUAUAAAAGUUUGUAUAUCAGCCCACUGCAAAACAAUUCAGAAUCUAUUCUUUCAAUAAGGUGCAUACAAAUUCGAUAUUGGUUUGUAAAUGACAACCAUAACGUGGAAUCAUAUUAAAUUUGAAAAAACGAGAUAUUUUAGAAAAUUAAUGAAAUAGAAUUUGAGAGAAUUUAAAAUCAUAAAUACUAAUUAGGACAAAUCGUUGUAAGAUACAAGUACUGCGAAGUCUAAAUACAAAGCAAGACUUCCCGAAGAAUAACUCUAGAACCAUAUUUCUGGGUGAAACGUCAAACUGGGAAACGGUCCAUUGUGUUGUUUUCCUUUUAUAACUGGUACCAACAGACGGUGCCAUUCCCAAUGCCAAAUCUUUAUUUCCCUCAUUUCGAGGCUAUGACAUGGCCAGUAACAAACAUCUACAUAUGUAAGUCGUCGUAAUUAUGGACUCGUAAUUUGCUCCGUAGUAAGGAAUAACUAAUUAAUGAAUUCACAUGUGAAAAAAGUAAAUUUAAUGAACAUUCAUUUUGUAUUUUUAUACAUUGGAAGAUGCACAUUUCAGCCGUAAAUGUAAACAUUUAAUUCAAUGUUAGCUUUCUUGUCUGUCAGUUUAUUUUUCUCGCUAUAUGGUACUAUCGUUCCAAAAAAUAGCGUAUUACUUCAUUUGGUUGCACGUGCAAAUAUUUUCAUAGAUAUCAAUGAAACCGGUUUUACUUUUGUUCUCCGUUACCAGUCAUAUUGCAAAGGUUGUGGUAUCUGAGUGGUAAAGUUUUUGCUUUGUAACCUGGAGGUCGUAAAUUUAAUUCUACCUCAUGCCAUGAUCGGUCAAAGCAAAUAAAUAGAUGUUGAUUAAAUUGAAAAUCAUGGGUAUUUCGGAUAUGAUCUUAAAUACAGAGGUCCAGUAUCAUGACAGGCGUUGGCAAACUAAAGAACCCUAAUUGAUACAGCCCUGAUCGCUAAGCAUAAGUCUAAAUUUGUGGUACUUCUCCUACAGCUGGUGACGCUUCAAUUUGAGAGAAAUAUUCUCGACGGGAUAUCAAACAAAAAGAAACAAGCACUUUCUAUUUUAUGCCCUAGGUUUGAUGGGGGCCUGACAUAAGGAAGGCUUAAACAAUGACCUGACAAUAUCAACCUUCCGGUCACAAAGCUAAUGAUCUAAGUACUGAGUUACUGGAAUCGGUUUAACAUAUGUUGUGACUGUCAUGUUGCCAGUGGACUGACAUAAGAAGUUGCAUGUCUUUCGGAUGUGACUAUGCGAUAGGCGUUGGUAUGGUAAAGAAUCAGUAUCGUUCUUCAGUGUUAUGUAUAUGUCAAACAUUGUGUCACUUUACACAUAUUGGUGAUGUCGAAUCUAGAUUUAUACGAAUGAAUAUUUGUUAAUGAAAUGCAAAGAACAGAAUUAUCUGAGUUAUUUGUGAAAGUUGAAGAUAAUUCAUGAAGGUGUUUAUAGCCUAUCAUAGAAACCAAAUCACAACCUAUUUGAAAUUAAUUGAAUGGAAUUACAAUCUGAUACGCAGUAUUGUUGAAAUAGUGAAAAGCUUGAUAGUAAAUGACAACAAUAUUUUAAGCAAAUGGCUAGGAACUUAUUAGUACUUCAUGAUGUUAUUAACAAUGUAUGUCAAGUAUCCAGAAAUUGCUUGUUAUUUGUGAAUCUGCUCGAUAUAUUUAUAUAAUUGCAUAUCCUUUUUCAUAUAAUUAUUGUGACUGUACAUGUGUGAUAUCGACUUUCUAUUUUGGAUUGUAUUUAAAUCACACCUGUAUUGAAGUAUCGCCUGUGGGAACCAGCAAUGGCCUCUAUACAGAAGUGACCUCUUUUAAUAGAGAUACAUAUUUAGUUAAGAAAUGUAUGUUUUUUUCUUGUUCCGUGAACAAUUAUAGAAUACUUGUUUGAUAUGUACAUGUAUAUCAAUAAAUAUAGAAUUUUA